CAGUUAUCAGAAAUCAGAAAAGUAUUUGAUGACUUGAAAAUCUUACGAUUAUUGUUUAUUUUUGUUCUUUUUGUUAAUUAUGAAUGAACGCAUUACUGUUCAACUAUGGAUCAUCAAGUUUUGCCUAAAACUGAUCUACCCAAAGUACAAUUACUACACAUUCCUCGUGUUUUUGGCAGUGAAGUUUAGGCUCUCUUAUCAAAGAAGAGUCUUAGAUAAAAAAGACAUAGAUAUGUUUCAGUUGAGGACCAUUCCUGCGCACGUUCGGUGGCACCUUUUGAAGGAAUGUGCAGAAGAGAAUUUACCCGUGUUACAACAUAAAUGUGUGUUUAUAUCAAAGGAAGAUUUUUUACAAUUCAGUGCUGAAAAUCUGUUCUAUAUCGACGAUGGUGUCCUAUGGCUUGCACUGAAAUUAACCCCUGAUAUUAAAUCGAAAUACAAAGGCAAACAAAACAAUAUUGACAAAGAUAAUGUAUUGAUUAAAUACAAUUUAAACUUCUUAACUUCUGAACUACAUAAGAAGUUAUGGAUGGACGAUAGAUCAGCCAGCCUUGACCAUAUUAGAAUAGUUCCAGUUGUGGGCUCAACCUUAGUACAAAAAGAUAUUGCCUUAACAUCAGAAAAUGAAAUGUAUAAUAUUUUGUCAUCAUUUGGAUUACUACACUGUAGAGAUAUUAGCAUUUCGUUUCAUACUAUACCAUCAUUGGAGCAUGCACCUAGUAUUGCAGAGACUGCUGAAGUCAGUCUUGUUGUAAAUGACUAUGAUCUGUCCAACGACUUUGUCAAAGUAGUUUUGAGUAAUCAUUUUGAAUUACCUAAAUUAGUGAGUUUAAAUGACAUAUUCAGCAUUGAGCUGAAACCGGAGGUCACAUCCAAAUAUCACUACAAGUACCUUGAUCUGGUACAAGCUGUGGGAAAACUUUACUUCAAAUGUAGUAAAAUAGAUGGCAGGAAGGACUUAGAAGUUAAAUACAAUUCAAAAGUGAUACAGACAUUUUUCAUUGUCAAGGGAGUGACACAUCUAAAUUUGGGUGAAAACAUUCAUGCUUUAAAACCACAAGACGAGUUCUUCAAAUCCCAGGUAACUGGGAACAAUAACUUGCAAAUAUUACAGUCUUGUCCUACGGGGUUAAGGCAUAAGUUUGAGCAAAUUCAAGAUGCAAUUAGUCCAUUUGUAACAGGAGAGAUAGGUGACCUGUCUUCUUAUUUGUCAAGUCCAAUUUUGCCAAUGCUGCUAGUGUCAGGGCCUACCGGGUCAGGCAGACACCAACUUGUUAAAGCAUUGGCCCGAUAUAAUGGUUUGAGCUGCUUACCGAUUGACUGCAACAGCCUGCAGAGCUCCACAGCCAAGCAGACCGAGAGCAAGAUCAACUCCACCGUGCAGAAAGCAAAAGCAGCUGCUCCUUGCAUGGUGCUGUUAGAUAAUUUUGAGGUGUUUGCAGUAGACCCUGAAAAUAAUGAAGACUGCAGAGUGAUGGAAUAUUUCAUGAACACAAUAAUAGACCUAUACCAAAACUACACUAAGCACCCCAUACUUUUUAUAGCAGUCACAGAAAAAGUGGAACUAAAACCAAACAUACUUAGGAUAUUCUUAGAAAAGUUCCAACUUUCUAGAUUAAAUGCCCAGCAAAGAUAUGAAAUGCUUGUAUGGUAUACUUCUGCAAUGCAAUUGAAUAUUGAUGGACACAAAAAUGUAACCGAUAGUAUAAUUUUCGAUGAGGAAGGUGCACUCAGCAAACAUACAAAAGAUAUUUUACAAAGAGUUGCAGCAAAGACUGAAACAUUUUUAUGUGGUGAUAUUGACACACUGGUGCAUUUUGCGAUGCGAGAAUCUUAUUUGAAGCAGCAUAACAGCUACAUACAUUUGCCUUGUGAGGAUCCAAAUUUACAUUUACUCCAGGAAGAUGAUUUUAACUGUGCUUUAGAAUCAAUAAGAAGUCUUCAAAGUCAACAUCUAGAUGCUCCUAAAAUACCAAAGGUUCACUGGGAAGAUAUAGGUGGACUUGAUAAAUUGAAGAAAGAACUUUUGAAAACCAUCGAGUUCCCAAUCAAAUAUCCACACUUAUUUAAAAACUCUAGUCUCAAGCGUUCAGGUAUUUUACUAUAUGGGCCCCCGGGAUGCGGCAAAACACUGGUCGCCAAGGCGGUGAGCACGGAACUCAACGUUAGCUUUCUCAGCGUGAAAGGGCCAGAGCUACUAAAUAUGUAUAUUGGCCAGUCUGAAGAGAAUGUUAGAAAAGUAUUCGAGUCGGCUCGCGCGUCGUCGCCCUGCAUAGUGUUUCUGGACGAGCUGGACGCGCUGGCCCCGCGGCGCGGCGCGGCCGGCGACUCGGGCGGCGCCAGCGACCGCGUCGUCAGCCAGCUGCUCGCCGAGCUGGACGGCGUCACGCACGCUGAAGAUGCCGACGCGACCAGCCUUGUGUUCAUAAUGGGCGCCACGAACCGGCCAGACCUCCUGGAGCAGUCGCUGUUGAGACCCGGACGACUUGACAAACUGGUUUACGUUGGUCCGUACCGCGGCGUCGAGGAGAAGACCAGAGUGCUCAAGGCGCUGUGCCGAAGUUACAAGCUGCGGGCCGAGGUGCACCUGGCGGACGUGGCGGCGGCGCUGCCCGCGGGCUGCACGGGCGCCGACCUGCUCAGCGUGGUGGCCGCCGCGCGCUCCGCCGCCGUGCGCGGCCUGGUGCGGGACUUACACGCAGGUUUAGUGAAAGAAAGCGAACUGAGUCCCGACUCAGUGGUCUUGGGAGUGUCGGAGUUUUGGCAAGGCGUGGAGGCGUUCCGGCCCUCGGUCACCGAUGAAGAACUAGAAUACUACGAGUCCUUGCAAUCCCAAAUGUGAUUAUAGA